AUGAUAUUACCAGUGGAUCUAGCAGAAAGGAGUAAUUUGGAAGAAUCUGAUGAGGAAGAAGACAGCUACCACUUUCAGCAGAUGUAUUUGACUGUAUAUGCUACUUUAGGAGGCAAUAAUGCAGGGCAUACAGUUGUUGUGGAUUCUGUGGAGUAUGAUUUUCAUCUUCUGCCAAGUGGGAUCAUCAAUCCAAAAGUCACUGCAUUCAUCGGAAAUGGUGUUGUAAUUCAUUUGCCAGGACUCUUCGAAGAGGCUGAAAAAAACGUAAAGAAAGGAAAAGGGCUAGAAGGCUGGGAAAAAAGACUAAUAAUUUCUGACAGGGCUCAUAUUGUAUUUGAUUUCCACCAAGCUGCUGAUGGCAUCCAAGAACAACAGAGGCAAGAACAAGCAGGAAAGAAUUUGGGAACUACCAAAAAAGGAAUUGGUCCCGUAUAUUCUUCAAAAGCAGCUCGAAGUGGACUCAGAAUGUGUGAUCUUGUUUCUGAUUUUGAUGAAUUUUCUGAGAGGUUCAAAGUGUUAGCCAAUCAGUACAAAGCGAUAUAUCCUACCUUAGAGAUCGAUAUUGAAGGGGAAUUGACGAAGCUCAAGGGAUACAUGGAAAAAAUAAAACCAAUGGUAAGGGAUGGCGUUUAUUUCAUGUACGAGGCUUUACACGGACCACCAAAGAAGAUCUUAGUAGAAGGUGCAAAUGCAGCUCUGCUGGACAUAGAUUUUGGCACAUACCCUUUUGUGACUUCAUCAAACUGCACAGUUGGAGGUGUGUGUACAGGUCUGGGCAUGCCGCCGCAGAAUGUCGGGGAAGUGUACGGAGUUGUGAAAGCAUAUACCACAAGAGUUGGAAUCGGUGCCUUUCCUACAGAACAAGAUAACGAAAUUGGAGAAUUGCUGCAAACAAGAGGUAAAGAGUUUGGUGUUACCACUGGUAGAAAGAGAAGAUGUGGCUGGCUGGACCUUGUGUUACUCCGAUAUGCCUACAUGAUUAAUGGAUUUACUGCGCUGGCACUUACCAAAUUGGAUAUCUUGGAUGUAUUUCCAGAAAUCAAAGUUGGUGUUGCCUACAAACUAGAUGGUGAAAUCAUACCUCAUUUUCCUGCCAACCAGGAAGUCUUAAAUAAAGUAGAGGUUCAGUAUGAGACACUCCCGGGAUGGGAUACGGACAUAUCAAAUGCAAGGACGUUUGAUGAGCUGCCAGUAAAUGCACAGAAUUACGUUCGCUUUAUAGAAAUGGAGUUGGGUGUUCCUGUUAAAUGGAUUGGAGUAGGGAAAUCCAGGGAAUCAAUGAUCCAGCUGUUUUAAAGAUUUCAGAUGCAUGGAAGAAAGCACACUCCUCAAAAGACUGCUCAUUCUUAAAUGCAUUAGUAGCCCGCAAAGCAAAGAUGUUGGAAAGAUACAGAUUUUUUUUUUGCAUGGAAAGAAAUGCUAGAGUUGAUACCCUCAAAUCAAUCGCUACUCCUGAAAGAGACUUUAUCAUGAACCUGUAUCAGUUCUUGUUCAACUGCAAUUUCCAGGAUGUUUGUCAUUGUUCAAGGUGCCAUCAGAUUUUUUUUUUCUUUUCUAAUACUUACUUCAUCAUGUAAUUCCUGUUUGAAAAUCUAAGGUAGCAUUACUUUCAUGACUGUUUAUUAUCCUCUCUCUGCUUUUGGCGGUGUUACUUCCCUGAAAUUUUAGACAGUAAAAAUAAUGCAGUUUUGCACAGAUAGUUUUACAUCCUCAUUAUUUGUAUUCCUAAAGCUGUUGUAUUCUUAAUGGCUGCUCUUGUGAGUGAUUAAAGAGGGGAAUUCUGAUUUUAUAAUGCUAUAAA